GAGAGGAGAGAGGGAGCAGCCCAUACUUCUAGGUGCUUUCUUAUUCUGUUCAGUCUUCUUCGUGUGUCAAAGAUGCAGGCUGUUAGUGUUGGACAAUCACUUUGGAUAUACACUCUGCUUUUCACUUUUCUACAACUUUGGGGAAGACUUUCAGCUUCCACUUCCUCUCCUACUCUUACGUCACCUACUCUGGACAUCUAUUCAAGGUCAAAGGGCUCGGUGGUUCUGGUCUGCCGGGCCCCAGAUGGUCAGAGAGGGGUUAAGUUUAUGUUGUACCGAAACGAAAAAGAGGUGGACUCUCAGGUGCUGGAGUCUGGUGCUGAGGAGGUUCAUUUCACUGUGAAGGAAAAUAAUACAGUGCAACUCUUCUGCUGUAUCUACAUAGAACAGGGUCGUUUCAGUGCCUUCAGUCCCUAUUUACAUCUGGAGAAGACAAGAGAUACAGCCUCCCCUCGGUCCAUGCCCUCUCCAGUGUUGUCUGUGAACCCCUCCACUGGUCAGGUGAAGCGUGGGGACACUCUGUCCUUCAGCUGCUCUGUCCCUGUCCCGCCUCAGUCUCAGUCCCGGUCUAACCUUGGCAACCGACCCAUGACCUUCCUUCUGCUGAGAGCCGCUAAGCAACCGGGGGCCAUAUCUGUAAUCCUCCAGCCUCAAGCCAGUCUGGUAUCAAACCAUGAACCCCAGCCAGGAGUCUUCACUGUGGGGCCGGUGACGGGUGGAGAGGCGGGGGAGUACACCUGCCUUUACCAGGUCAAUUUAAGAAGGGGAUUGGUUAAUUCUACUGUCAGCAACACGGUUCUAAUCUCUAUUACAGAUGCGUUGCCUGUUCCCACCCUCGUCCUCGAGCAGCAGACGGCUGUGUGGCAUUUGCUCUGCACAGGCUCUGCUGCGUACCCCGGUGCUGCGUUCUCCCUCUACGUGGAGGAUAAUGAAUUUCCUGUUGACACUCACAAAGCCACCUUGAUCCACCAUCAGGCCACCUUCCCAGUGCCGGUCCAGGAAACUCCGGUGGCUUUCUACCAGUGCCAGUACAAUGUCCUCCUGGUGGGGGAAUGGAGCAACUCUCCACACAGCCUCCCUUUAGCUGUAACCAGAGGAAUUCCUCCUCCAUCAUCAACAGAUUUUUCCGCUGUGGACUGGCCUCUUGUACUGGGGUCUUUCUCCGCUGUGGUGUUGUUCCUCUGCUCAGUGAUACUCGUGGUUGUGGUGGCACGCAGGAAAAUCAAGGCAGCAGCUGAGGAAAAGAAGAGAAGAGAGGAAGCACACUUCUGGACUCAAGUUCAUGCAAAGGACCAUGUUGUGGACCUUACACUCAGGCGCACAAGUAUCACUCAGGAAUGGGCCAGUGUGGACUCACCUACAGAGACGGCCUCCAGAUCCCCUUUAUGGACCUCGCUCUCCACAUUCACAACCCCGAUCCAUCCCUACCAUUAGAACAUUUGGUGUUUUCUUUCGCUCCCUCUCCGUCCCUCUCUUUCUCUCUGUCUGUUUAUACUUUUUCGAGUUUAUCAAUGUAGCGUCAGCUGGAGUAACACAGCAGGACAGGAAGGGCUAUUUCCCCACUUCCUAUUUCAUUUUCAGCAGUUAAAUGUACAAUUUUACAGGAUAUGAUGUUUGUUUGAUCUUACAUGUUACUGAGCCAGUGAAUCUAAAUAAAGAUGUUAUUAUUAUUUUUUAUAUGACAUGUGUUCCAUGUGGUGGAUAACUUACCUUAAGGUUAACUUCAAAGUGUAUCCUUGACCUCGAAAAAAGCAGAUGUGAAAACAAUCCUACCACAAGCUGCUUUAGUAACAGCUACUAAAUGGAUCGUUACCAUUAUCAGUCAUCAUGGAGUUUUAUUUACAGUUUUGCAAAUGACUAUAGCUCUGAUAUCUAAUAUGUAAAAAUGAAAACAUUGUAUGUAAUCAAUUACCCGCCUCUUUAAACACAUUGAAUAGAUAAUAGUCUUGUUCAAAUCUGAUAACGGGACAUCCCUACAAUCUAGUUCCUGCAUCAGGACCUUAGACUGCAUGUUGGUAAGAAAAAUGUAAUAUAUGCUUGCAUACUCAUGCGACACAGUGUGUUAAGAUUGUGAAGAAAAAGACAACCAACAACUCUUUCCCAAAUUGUCCUGCUGUAGUUGUGCUAAGUAUUCUGCAGAGGGCACCAUUUAGAUAUAAUUGAAAGUAAAACAAAAAAACACAAAAGGCAAAACAUGAGGAAUGUUAUUCAUCAAGUUGUUCUCCUUAUAAUGAGAAAAGGUCCAAGGUUGAGUGGAACAAUGUGACUUUGACAUAUAUGGGAAUAUCUACACAAUGCAACAAGCGGCGAUUUGUGCUGAGCUUUACUCUUUACUACAUUGUGAGGGGACAAACAUGAACCUUAAGGACAUUAUGGCUGUCUUUAUAUCUACAGUGUAUUGGUCCUACAUUCUAAGUGAAUGUGCUGAGACUUCAAUACGUAGCGAAAGUAAAAAAGUAAAAGGACUCAGGAGGGAGAGACGCCUCCCACCUGUUUGUAUGGUUUUAUGGCGGAUAAUAAUUCUGCAGAGAAGGGCUGUCAUUGUACUUCAGAAAGCAGCAAAAAGCAGACUCUGUAUUAGUACUGCGUUUUAUUACAUAUCACUGGCCUUUCACAGCACAGUCGCAGUAAUGCACGGGGGAAUGUAUGUAUUCAUUUCUCUUUUAUAGACACAGACAAGAUGAAAAAGAUGAAAGUUGAGGAUGUAAAUCAUUUAACAAAUGUUAAAGUCAGCUUCAUUUGCCAUGUCUGAGUCACUCUUCCUGUGUGCAGUCACAUGUGAGCUGAUGCUCACACAGUGAAGAUAUUCAGCUUCAGAUAAUGACGUUCGGCUGAUUUGUUUGUAUAAGAGGCAGAAUAACGAUAAGAGGCUUGAGCCAUGUGAUGAAUUCAAGUGGCACCUUAAUUGUACCCACAGUUCACUGGCUUGUGACAGCCUCACCCUGUGUGCAUAAUGUGACACACUGAGCCAUGAGUCAGGUUUAUAUCAGAUGACACUGGCAACCCUGAAAGUCAUGGUAAUUGCUCUUUGAUGCCACCCCAUGCUGUGUCUCCAAUGUAAUAGCCUAAGGUGUGUAUGCAGAAACUGAACAUGAACGUGUGUGCCGAAAUCUGAAAAUUGUUGGAAGAUUGAUUUUGAUCUGUUAAAAUACACUUUUGAAUGUAUUGACCAGUUAGAUUAAAGUGGCACAACCUUCUCAUUA